AUGAUGACGUGCCGUCUGCUGUGCGCCCUGUUGGUGCUUGCCCUGUGCUUCUGCCCGUCCGUGUGCGUGGCAGACGCUGAGCCUGAAGUUGAUGUUCAAGGUUCUUCCAGUACGGCAACGACGAAUAAAACGCAGCCACCAGACCCCAAAGGGAAGGACGAUCUCAAACCUGAUGAAGUUGUCGUUCCACCGCCUCCACCACCACAGGCACCAACUGCUAAGCCGGUUGAAGCUAUUGUAGGCGCCCCCAGUCAAUCGACCCCUGGAACAGGAACACCACCUGUUCCUGGUCAGUCAGAUCCUCCAACAACAGAGUCCGUUGCAAAGCCGGGAGAUGAUGUCGGAGAGGGACCAGGAUCUAGCAGUAUGGGAACGAAUUCAAAUGAGGUGUCCAAUGCGUUACAGGCAGAUGGUAAUAAGGGUAAGACAGGGUUACCCAGUCACAAGAGACUAUCUGAGGAACGGGCAAAUAGGGAGUCUGAAGAUUCUACCGAGGAGACCACUACGACCACGACAACAAAGGCGCCAGCUGUGUCGACCACUACUACAACACAUGCACCAAGUACUACGACUACAGAGGCGCCAGCUGUGUCGACCACCCGCGCACCGUCACGUCUUCGCAGAAUCGACGGCAGCCUCAGCAGCUCUGCGUGGGUGUGUGCCCCGCUGGUGCUCGCCGUAUCCGCGCUGGCGUACACCACUGUGGGCUGA